ACCGCCGCGGUAUGUGAACAUGAGUCGCAUAUAUACCUAACGCGCAUUGCGAUAUAGUGGUACGCGGUACAACGGUCGCGCGACAGCGUAUACGAUUAUCUCCAGUUCCUUUCGGAUAUUAAAUCCCUCCCCCAUCCCCCACCCGUCCGUGGACUAACGUUUCGGAUAGAAAUCCUCUCUCGUGCCGCGCCCCUCCAGCCCGCGCUUUACCUGCGAGUCCUUUCGCCGUCGCCGUCUUCGCCGCACACGUUUUCCCCACGGGUCACACGUCGGUGCUCUCGGAUGCGGGCCGCGGCCGUCGCACGUGAACGACUGCGGCCCGGAACGGUGACAGCGGGCGGAGGACGACGUUUCACGGCCCGAUCGAGGCCAUCAUGGGCUGUAACCCCAGCAAAGACGGAGGAGACGCGUCAGGGCUCGUGGACACGGCCGCCGGCGGAACGGCCGCGGCCAACAAAGUGCUGUCGAAAGUGGCGGCAGCGGCCAACGACAAAAAUGCCAACGCCGCCGAAACGUUCUUGAUACCGCUUUGUGACAACGAUUCAGAAGAACACGACAGUUUGACGGGUUCGAUCAGUGAGGAAGAAAACUCUAAAACAAUGAAAACCUCCGAAGAAGUAGAUUUCGAAAAGGAAUUCCGACCGGAUGACGUAGAAUUGUGUCAUGCCGCGACCAAAAUCCAAGCGUCCUUCCGAGGCCACAUGACUCGGAAACAGCAGGCUGGCGGAAAAGACGAGCCGGGUGGUGCCACUGGUUCUGCUACGCUUUCGAAAACUGAGGGCCUCGAAUCGCAGUUGAAAAACGUUGACAUCAACAAGGACUUGGACGCAGAGCUAUUGGAUGUUGAUUUGGCCGAUCCGGAGUUGCACAAGGCAGCCACAAAGAUUCAGGCAUCGUUCCGCGGGCACAAAGCUCGAAAGGCCGACGACGCAGUCGAUAACAAGGAAUAAUAGAAAGGAUGACCAGCGGCGCUGUAUAAAAAUUUCCUUUAUUUUUCCUUUUCUUUUAUUAUUGUUUCUUUUUUCCUUGCAUUUGACAUAGUAAUAUAAUAACGAUAAUGAUGAUGACACUGAUGACGAUGACGAUGGAGUGAUGACAAUAAUUUACGGUAUAUCGAUCGACAAUGGAGUUAAAUUGAGCUAUAUAUAUAUAUAUAUAUAUAUGUGUAUAUAAACUGUGGUUAUCUUUGUUGUCGUUAUUAUUGUUAUUGUUAUUAUCAUACAUAUAUACAUAUAUUCAUAUACAUGUAUUUUUUCAUACUAUUGUUUACUGCGGACAUAGGGGAAGAUACAUUAAAAAA